AUGCGCGGCCGCGAGUUCAGCGCGCAGCCGGGAGUCGGUGCGCAGUCGUGCCGUUACAUUAGGGGGCUCGACUCCUCGGGGCGUGCUCAGAAGGUCGUCUCCUUUUACUCCACGACGCUGUUUGCACCCAUCAACGAGCACCGCUUUGGACCGGGCACCGUGGCGCAGAAGCUCGGCGGGUUCGAAUGGAGGUGGUGGCUCACAGUGGAGUCUGAUUUGAUCUGGGAGUACCAGACGUAUCUAGAUCUAUUUGAUGCUCACGAUGCGGCUGCAAAAGCGGCCAGGGCAGCCGUGGAUGCGGCGCGCGAGCGGUGGUUCGAGAGGGAGAUCGAUAUCAAGUUCAAGAGCUCGUUAGCAUACUCGCGCAAUUCACAGUCAGAGAAGGAUCUAGAGACGCGCCUGGAAGACUCAAACAUGGAGGACGACUUGGAAGAGGAUCUCAUUGAAGAAGGGUCGUUUGUGAUUCCUCGUUUAGAACACUGCUUCGUUGAAGCCCCGACAAGGGGUGACAACCUGCACCGAUUCAAGGUAACCACCCACAGUUGCAGGGGCCAGAUCGAGUUGCCUGCUUACUUUUGGGACCUCAACGAAGACGCGCAAGCUUGGGUGGGCGGAAUCAACGUCAUGGGCUUCAGACGCUGCAUCAUCACAAAGGACGUCCUGAAGGUUCCGGUCGAGGUCUCGGUGGAUGGAAGUUUCUCGGUGCUCAUUAUUGGUAGUCAGCGCAACAUCGAUGACCUGGCCCAAAGACAGAAGCUCGGAUUGUUUGGAUUGGUCGUGAUAAAGUAG